AGGGGUUCCUGGCUCACGAGGGUCCCUGGGGGGGCAUCCCCACCCCAACCAAAGACCCCUUGGCGGUCAAGACUGGAGGUCUUGUGGGUGGUGACAGAGUUUUGCUGGGUUGGGAUGUGUGUUUGUGGGAAGUGCUGUGGGGUUUUUGCCGGACAAGGGGGUCCUGGUGGUGUUGUCCGACGGGGCUGUGUGUGGUCGGAGACGGACGCUGUCAUACCUGGGGGGGACAACGGGAGUUUUGCCGCCUCCAGGUCUCUCAAGCCGCGGUGCGACGGGGUUGUGUUCAUCGCUGCCUGGCUUGCCCACCUGUGGGGGCGGUGGCACUGUCCGGACAGGGGCCAAAUCCUGCUUCGCAUCCCGAUCCUUGUCACAGGGAGGCACUGCCCCACGUUGGAAGUUGCCAUGGAGACAGGAGGCGUUGGGGUGACCUUUGGCGGGGGCUUGGUGGAUCACCUCUCACACCCCCCAUCACUUGCCUGGGGUCUCCCCCAGCACCCCAGCUCCGCAGGGAGGGCAGCUGGGGGGCGGGCAGGGGACAGAGCACCCCCGGUGUCUGCGUGGGCUGAGUGCUGGCAGCAGCUCUGCGCGGGAGCUGGUAUGGAAACAUGCUGGCAUCCAGGAGCUGCCGCGGGAGAUGCUGACGGAUGCUCUUAACACCCCCAGGGACCUUCUCCCACCUCUUCUGUGCCCCCCCCGGGCUGCCUCACGUGUGCGUGGGUGCCCCCAUCUCCCCUCACUGUGUCUGUCAGAGGUCUUGGGUGCCUUAGCCCUCCUCCCCGCCUACAGCACAGGACUUGCUCCCUGUCUGGGGCAAAAAAGAGCAUAAAUUGGUGUUUCUGAUUGAGGUGGCUGACCUCCAAGCCCCCGUAGCAGCUACCCCACAGCAGAGGGGUUAUUGCCCGAGGCGUGUCCCAGGGCAAGCCCUGGAUGGCUUGGAUGGAUGCCAGGGGCUCCAUGCAGGUGCCUGGCCACCCUUAUCUGAGCCGCUGCGGUUUGCGGGGGAUCUCUCUGUGAGCUCCAGUGGGAGCUUAUGGAUAAAGCAUAGAUGUGGAGGAACGUCUGGUAAUCUGUGUGAUGGUGAAGGAAAGGGCCAAGGCUUACAGCUGGUGCAGAAACCCAUCUGCUGGGGGGGCUGCACAGGGUCACUGGGAGCAAGGAUGGGGUGGAAGUUUUAGCGUAGCAGGGAGCAGGAGGGCUCAGUGGGGAGCAGGGGGUCUGCUGGGGCAACACCUGGAAAAGAACCAGGCCAGCAGCAAGCACCAAGCUGGGCUGUGUGAGGCUGGGGGACAGGCCAGGCUUGGGGAGCUGGAGGUCACUGUCAGAUAACAGAAGAUCGAGAGGUGUCCUUGGGGGAGUGUGGUGGUUGCUCAGCCUCUGCCCGGAGGAGCUGCCCUCCCGGCUGCUCCACCACCUCCCUGGGUCUCUGUGACUCCAGCAGCGUGACCAGGGCAGGAAUUAAUCGCCUGUCCUUUUCCUUCCUUGGGUUAUGGCCACCCAGUUUUCCAUGCCUUAGUAUAGGCAUGGCCCUGGCCUCGGCCCCCGCGUGGUGGAGGGAGCGAGCCCUGGGCUUCUGGGUUACUGCAAGAUGUCACUGAAGGCUCUCGGGGAGUGCAAGUCAGGCUAGAAAGUGGUGGGGGUUUUUAUUAAAAAAAAAAAAAAUAGCGCCCUCCCACCAUCACAAGAUGUUUCUGUCUAACGGCUUCGUUCUCUCUUCGUUAAAUACAAAUUACGGCUCUGACACGCUGGAGGCGCUUAUCUCCAGCUGGAUGCCAGUUGCUUUCAGGAACAAAAUGUUUGAAGUUCCUUUAAGGUGAAGGCAGCAGCACGGUCCCUGCUGCUGCUUUCAGCCUCCAAAAACCUCCUGUCAUCACCCCAGCUCCCAUCCCGGCUGGGGCAGAGCCAGGAGGGGACAGUCACAGGCCAAGGGCCACAUUUAGACAUAGCUCAGCCGUCCCGGCUCGGCGCGGGGGGGACGGGAUGGGGACGCGGCCCUGGUGUGACGUUAGUGGCGGCGUGGCCUCUAUAAUAAUGCUGCGCCCCGGGACAGGCUUCUCCCUCUCCCCGCCAGCCUCGGAGAUGAGUCUCCCCAUCCCUAGCGUGGGGCUCGGGGGGGUAAAACCAGAGCCAGGGCACAUCCUGGUGCCAGGGCUCUGAGCGCCGGUGGGAAGCGUGGACUUGAGCCGGCUCUGGUGCUGCUGGCCGUGGGGACGUGGGGAGCACCAGCUCCGUGACAAGAAUAAGUACUCAGCUCCCGGCAGUGUCGCCGUCAUGGGGAAGGACUAUUACAAGAUUUUGGGCAUCCAGUCCGGUGCUAACGAGGAUGAAAUCAAGAAAGCCUAUCGGAAAAUGGCCCUGAAAUAUCACCCCGAUAAGAAUAAAGACCCCAAUGCUGAGGAGAAGUUCAAGGAGAUCGCGGAGGCUUACGAUGUCCUGAGUGACCCCAAGAAACGAGCUGUUUACGACCAAUAUGGGGAGGAAGGUCUCAAAACUGGAGGUGGCUCCUCAGGUGGCUCAGGGAACACUUUCCACUACACCUUCCAUGGAGACCCACACGCCACCUUCGCAUCCUUCUUCGGAGGCUCCAACCCUUUUGACAUCUUCUUCGCCAGCAGCCGCUCCCGGAUGUUCAAUGGCUUUGACCAGGAAGACAUGGAUAUCGAUGUCGAUGAUGACCCUUUCAGUGCCUUCGGCCGGUUUGGCUUCAACGGCAUUAAUGGCGUUCACCGGCGGCACCAGGAGUCUCUGCACUCGCGGAGGAAGGUCCAAGACCCACCCAUCAUCCACGAGCUCAAGGUGUCCCUGGAAGAGAUCUACCAUGGCUCCACCAAGAGGAUGAAGAUCACCCGCAGAAGGCUCAAUGCUGAUGGCCGGACCAUGCGGACUGAGGACAAGAUCCUAAACAUUGUCAUCAAGCGCGGUUGGAAGGAGGGAACCAAAAUCACCUUCCCCAAAGAAGGGGACGCCACCCCAGACAACAUCCCUGCUGACAUCGUCUUCAUCCUCAAGGACAAGCCUCACUCGCACUUCAAGAGAGACGGGACAAAUGUGGUCUACACGGCAAACAUCAGUCUUAAAGAGGCCUUGUGCGGCUGCACCGUGAACAUUCCCACCAUCGACGGGCGGGUGAUCCCGCUCCCCUGCAACGACAUCAUCAAGCCGGGGACAGUGAAGAGACUGCGUGGGGAGGGGCUGCCCUUCCCCAAGGCCCCCAGCCAGCGAGGAGACUUGAUCGUGGAGUUCAAAAUCCGCUUCCCGGAUAGAAUAGCUCCCCAGACGAGACAGAUCCUCAAGCAGCACCUCCCGUGCUCCUAAAGCCCGGGGGGGACUCUCCUCCAAGCAGCAAUACUCCAAAUGCUCCGUGUCGCGGCAUUCAGCCCGCAUGAAGCAGAGGUGCCACAGCACUUUCAAAUGCAAAAAAAAAAAAGAAAGAAAAAAAAAAGACAACAAAAAACCAACCACUCACACCAUAUUUAGUUCCCCAGAAUCCCACCCAACCUGCUCCCCAUCCAUCCCUCUCCCCGUCCAUCCCUCUCGACCCCUUUUCUACUCCAGCGCCAGGGAGGCUCCUGCCCAUCACAGCUCUCCCGGCUGCCAAACCUUGUCUUUAUCUUCCCUCAGAGGUCCAGGUUUUGCGCCUCGCACAAGCGACUGGUGUGGGCGCUUUUCCCGGGGAGCUGCAUCACAUCGUGGGGUUUUUUUUCAUGUCACCCGCUUACCAGGCCACUUUUCCCACAAAAGGCUGGACUUGUCGGGGUCCGGUGCAGUGUAAAUAAGACUCCGCAAGAUCCGGCGUCCUCGCUGUUGGUUUUUCUCUUUCCCCUCUUCAAUACUUGCUGCUGUUCGGGGUCCCGGCUGUACCGGGGAGCCCAUCGCUCCCACCCGCGGUGCCCCCCAUUUCCCCCCGUAGCCGGACUGUUUUCUCACCCGGGCCCGCGGUACCGAGUCGUGCCGCGGUCCUCUCUCCUGUGCCAAGCCUACAACCGAGCCUCGGCUGUGCCAAAUGACGGAGCACAUGGGGAUGGUCCCGUCCAGCCUCCCGCCCUGCCCGGGGCUGUCCCCGGCCCCGCGACAGCCCGGGCUGGAGCUUCUUGUUCAGAUGUGUUGAGUUUGCAUUGCCGCUUUCUUUUUUUAAAUAGAUAUAUAUAUAGAGCUCGUUAGAUAAACUCCGUGAGGGUUUUUCUCUGCCCAUUUUGGGGAUCCUGGCGUGGUGCACCCUGACUUCUUUUUUUUUUCGUGAAGGGGAUGAUUUAGCUGCACAAACAUCAAACCCGUCAUGGGGGGGUGUGCGUGUGGCACAAGUCCGGGUGCAAAAGCAAAGCCAAGUGUGAGCAGAGCUGUGGGUUUCACUAGCUUUUUGAGUUCAAACUUAGGGUUUUUCAUAAGAAGAGACAGGCGUGUGUAUAUAUUUUUCUACAGGGACGAUUCAUUCAGGAGGUAUUCCUGGGCGUCGGGUGGAGCUGGGAGGCACACGAGGCAGUCUGCGUGGUGGCUUCGUUUUCAAAUGCUGUAUUUUUUUAAAACCUUUGGAUUUCCAUCAGGAGAAUUUUUAUAUUUCUUACCUUUAUCGGCCCACUCUGCCUCGUGCCAGUAUUAUUUUCUUUUUCCCGGGAAAGGGCUCCUACGGAGCCGGGAGGCGCGUUCGACCUGGCUUUGUGCAGCUCCUCCGCUGCGGCACCUCCAGGAAAACCCCACCAAAUACCCCCCUCCGCCCCACGGGUCUUCUUUUUUAAAGAGAAAUCUCUGACUUGAAACAGGGGGUCUUUUGGGGCGGGGGGAUGAGCGUGGGGCAUCUGUUGGGGCUGGGUGUACAGCUGUACAGUGUAUCAUACAGGGUGUAGAGACCCGUUAGGCGCUGCUUAAGUAGUUGCCCAGUUUGGCCAACGAGGGGACGCCGCCGUUUCCCUCCGCUGGUCCCUGUGGAGUUCGACAUGGAGAGAACCCGGUGGACGCCGUGAGCGAGAAGACAGGCCAGCGCGCAGAUGCAAGCUGCUUUGUUUUUCUCAGUUUCAAUGAGACCUGAAUGUUUUAUAGUGGGGUCUUUUUGUAAUUUUUUUCUUUUUUUUCUUUUUAUUUUUUUUUUUUGUAAUGUCAGUAUUGAGAGAAAAAUAAAGUAUUUUAAAAAAUUUA